AUGCUGAUUUUUUUAUUACUCACAUAUGUGCAAAGUUAGGAAUAUAAUAUCUCGGUUGACUCUGAAAAAGUAAUUGACAGAUUCGAACAAUAUGGUGAAAUUUUUUAUUAGGAGAUCGAAUACGAAAAUAAUUCAUUCUAACCUUGCCAUUUCACCAAACAACAGUUAGUGCAAAGCAUAGGAUUAAAUGUAGAUAUUGUUGAAUCUUUUAAUGAAACUUUCUUCUUUUAGCAUUAUGAAGAAGGUCAUUUAAAUGCUGAAAUCGAUGAAGUCAUAGCAGCUGUCACAAUUCAUAAUGGAUCUAUUGUUUUAACUCGAUUAGGUAAAUUAUAACAUUUACUGAUUACUAAUACAAUCACUCUAGGUAGUUCAAUAAUGAUUAACAUUAAUACAAUUAAAAAGGUACAUUUACAAUACCUUAGUAAAAAUAGAGUAUUAGUGAUAAUUGCAGAUUAAGAAACUUUAGCAUUCUAACUCUCAAAUAAAACAGAUGUUUUUGAAGAUUCAUAAAAACUAAAGUUAUAUGAUAAAUUCAAUGUAGAUUAAAUUACAAGUAUAACAACAGUCAAUGAUAUGAUGUUCAUUGGAAUGGGAAAUUUAGGCAUUUCUAUGUAUUAAUUUAAAGAGAAGAAUUUUUAAUCAAUCUCUUGGAUGUUGAAUGGUUAAACAAAUCAUCAAUUUUAUAAUGUUGUGGACAUCAAAGUAUUCUUAUAAAACUAAGAUCAAAUCUAUACUAUUUAUAUUUUAGAUAAGAAAUUAGGUGUAUAAUAAUUUGUCUAUAAUUCUGUUACAACCUUAAUCUCUAUGAAUACUAAAUUAGGAACAAUCCCAUUGAUUGGUGAUAUCUUUGAUAUUAAAUAAUCUAUUUUAAUCAUCAUUGAACAUCAACCUUCAUUUUCAUUUGUCAAUGAAUUAACAUUAGAUUUAUCAAACAACACAUAUAGAUUAUUAAAUAAAUAUAAAACUUUUAAAGAUGUACAAGAUGUAGAUAUUUUGAAUCACUAUGUAAUAAUAUUAGGCAAGAAUGGUCAUUAAAUAAUAAGACAUUCCUUACCUCAAAGUUUUAAUAAUUAAUCAUCCAAUUCUAUUAUUAUACCAAAUCUAUAAUAAUUAGAUUAUAUUGAUUAUAAUACUAAGACUAUUAUAUUUGGAUUUACUAAACAUAGAUUUUUUUAUUCCUCUAUUAGAGAAGUAAAUAUUUAUUUAAAUACUAGUCUCCAAGUUUAAUUGUAUGUUUUUCAAACUAUACUGAAAGUCAUUAGACAAAAUUUGUUUAUAAAUAAAAAUCUACAAAAUGUCCUGAUAAUCUUAAUGUUACUUAAGGAGAAUUCUGUUAAAUAUAAAAAAUGUAUACAAUUAAUUUCAUACCUCCUAAGUAAGGGGGAGGUUAUUAUUAAAUUAUAUUAUUUUAUGGGGUUGCAUUUAUAUUAGGUCUUGGAUUUAUGAUGUUAAGCUUUUAAUUGUGUAGAGAAUUUAGAAAAUAUGAACAUUUUGUAAAAUACAAUGAGAUGGUAGAUAAUGAUUCAAUUGAAAUGGAAGGACAAAAUUUGAGUCCUUCUUAAGAUUCUACAAAAUAAAGAAAAUUUGAGAAAAUAGAAAAUAAAGUAUCUUCAAUGACACCAGUAGUGUAUGAAGAGAAAGAUGAUUGA